UAAACCAACAAAGCUGCAAUGGCUUCCAAAGGAGACAAUGUUGUUGUUUCUAACAUGAACCUUGAGAAGCUGCUUAGCAUGAAAGGAGGCAAAGGUGAAGGCAGCUAUGCCAAUAACUCCCAAGCUCAGGUUUAUAAUUCUAUCCUGUUCCAUUUUCCCAUUUUUUUUCUUGUAAUUGUCGUUUCUUUUCAUGUUUUUUGGUAUUUGAAAUUGUGGGAGAUUGAAGUCCUGAUCACUGGAACUAUGUGUUUGUUUAUGCAGGCUUUACAUGCUCGUUCCAUGCUUCACCUUCUUGAAGAAGCCCUAGACAGUGUUCACCUGAACUCACCCGAGGUACCCUUUGUGGUCGUUGAUUUAGGAUGCUCCUGUGGCAACAACACAAUCUACAUCGUCGACGUGAUCAUCAAACACAUGAUCAAGCGAUACGAGUCAUCAGGAUACGAGCCCCCAGAGUUUUCUGCAUUUUUCUCUGAUCUUCCUAGCAAUGAUUUCAACACUCUUUUCCAGCUCUUACCUCCCUUGGCUAAUAACGGAGGUAGUAGCAUGGAAGAGUGCCUAGCAUCAAAUGGACACCGAUCCUAUUUUGCUGCAGGAGUCCCCGGAUCAUUUUACCGGCGCCUGUUUCCGGCUAGAUCCAUCGAUGUCUUCCACUCGGCAUUUUCAUUGCACUGGCUAUCACAGAUGCCUGAAACUGUGUUGGACAGAAGAUCAACGGCUUACAACAAAGGGAGGGUGUUCAUCCACGGUGCAAAUGAGAGCACAGCCAAUGCAUACAAGAAACAGUUUCAGACAGACUUGGCCGAGUUCCUCAGAGCAAGAUCGACAGAGAUGAAGAGAGGUGGGUCCAUGUUCCUUGUCUGCUUGGGAAGAACUUCAGUGGACCCCUCGGACCAAGGUGGGGCUGGUCUCCUAUUUGGAACCCAUUUUCAGGAUGCUUGGGAUGAUCUUGUCCAAGAGGGCCUUGUUAGUAGUGAGAAGCGUGACAAUUUCAACAUUCCAGUGUAUGCACCAAGCCUACAAGACUUCAAGGAAGUAGUUGAAGCAGAUGGUUCAUUCACCAUAAACAAGCUUGAGGUAUUCAAAGGAGGCAGCCCUCUAGUCGUUAGCCGGCCGGACGAUGCAAAGGAGGUAGGACGAGCCCUAGCUAACAGCUGCCGGAGUGUUUCCGGGGUACUAGUCGAUGCACACAUCGGCGACAAGCUCAGCGAGGAGCUGUUUUUACGUGUGGAGCACCGAGCCACAAGCCAUGCUAAAGAGCUACUAGAGCAGUUGCAGUUCUUUCACAUAGUUGCAUCUCUUUCUUUUGCUUAGAGAAAAAGAAAAAGGUAUUCAAAAAAAAAGGAGAAAAGAAAAACAAAACGCUUUUUCCUCUUAUCUUUUCCCUUUUGUGUGUUAUUUCCCAUUGCA